CAGUCAUAACAAAACAUUCGGUUAUUGCUACUCAUAUAGGCGACAUUCAUCUUCCAUUAUUAUUAUUCUGGCCUGUGUCAUUUGAUUUGAAUAAAAAAAUCGUCAAACAAUUUUUAACGUGCCAUUUAUUUAUUUCUAAAAAAUUAAGUAAUUAAAAAAAGAAACAUGGGUGUUAUUUUUUUGGAGCAUAUUGGAGGAGCUCGUUUAUUUUCUUGUGCAUCAUGUGAUACUAAUUUAACAAACAGAGGUCAGCUGAUCAGCACACGAUUUACAGGAGCUACUGGACGUGCUUUUCUUUUCAACAAAGUUGUUAAUUUAAAUUACAGUGAAGUUCAAGAUCGUGUAAUGCUAACAGGGAGACACAUGGUCAGAGAUGUAAGCUGUAAAAAUUGUGAUGCUAAACUCGGCUGGGUUUACGAGUUCGCUACUGAUGACAAUCAACGUUACAAAGAAGGACGUGUCAUUUUAGAAAGAGCUCUUGUUACAGAAAGCGACGGAAUGGGAGAAAAUAUUUAAUAAUUAUAAAUUUUUUUUAUCAAAUUAAUAUAGUUAGUUAAAGAAAUGAAAUUAUUUGAUAAAUAUUUAUACUCGACUAUUAAUAUAUUUAGAUAUUAACCGAUGGUGUUCCGUGUUAGUUCAAUCAUUAUGAAAAACAAUGAGGUAUUAGGUUACAGAUAAUCAAUACUGUAAUGAAUAAAUAUUGAUUAAUUGAAAUAUUUGCGACAGAAUAAUAAUUUCAAAUAACAGUCGUAGAAAAGAAAAAGUGCAUACUUUUUAUUAAAAAUACUGUAAUAAAGAUAUGGAUAUUGUAAAUUUAGAUUCAUAAAUAAGCAGAGUCCUUGAGGACACUGCGAUUGUAAAGUAAUUUCAAACCUCGAAUUGACAUCUUCAUUAUGUCUCAUGAAUUUCAGAAUAAAUAUAUGUAGGUGAAGGCCGCACAAUUAAUGUUUUUUCAAUGUUAUUUCUUAUUUAUUAAAAACAAAUAAUUUUUUAUAAUUAAUAUCUGUGAAAUACAACGAAAUUUAUCACUUAAAA